UGGGUGGGUUGUGGGGGAUACAGUUAGUGUCCGAGCUACUGGAGGAGACUUGGCCUCCGCAGCUGCCCUCCGGCACCCCACGGCUGUUGGGUUCCGGGGUGCAAGUGAAGCAGCGUCCCCGCGGGCGGCCGCGCCCUGACCAGGCCUCUUUAAGUGCAGGCCCCGCCCCGGGCGCCACCGCCCCGCCCCGCGGAUCCCGCUCCCGCACCGCCAUCAUGAUCUGCCUGGUGCUGACCAUCUUCGCCAACCUCUUCCCCGCAGCCUGCACCGGCGCACACGAACGCACCUUCCUGGCCGUGAAGCCAGACGGCGUGCAGCGGCGGCUGGUGGGCGAGAUUGUGCGGCGCUUCGAGAGGAAGGGCUUCAAGUUGGUGGCGCUGAAGCUGGUGCAGGUGGGGGCGCGGCCUCCGAGGAGCUGCUGCGCGAGCACUACGCCGAGCUGCGUGAACGCCCGUUCUACGGUCGUCUGGUCAAGUAUAUGGCCUCCGGGCCGGUGGUGGCCAUGGUAUGGCAGGGGCUGGACGUGGUGCGCACCUCGCGGGCGCUCAUCGGGGCCACGAACCCGGCCGACGCCCCGCCCGGCACCAUCCGCGGGGAUUUCUGCAUCGAGGAACCUGAUUCACGGCAGCGACUCGGUGGAGAGUGCCCGCCGCGAGAUCGCGCUCUGGUUCCGCGCAGACGAGCUCCUGUGCUGGGAGGACAGCGCCGGGCACUGGCUGUAUGAGUAGCCCGGCAGGUGCGCGUCGCAGAGGCUCUCACACUCCAGCCUCCUCCAGGGCCCAGGUGGCCGGGCCUCUGGCCCCACCCUACAGCGCUGGGAACAUCCCUUUGGAUGCGCUGCUGAACUUCCAUCCACCUGUGAGGACGUUGCAUCAAGGGUGGCGCGGGCCUCUCCAAUCCCUGGUGUACAGGGCUUCGUGCCCGAGGAGCUACUCCAGGAGCCUGCGCGGCUCACCUGGAAACGUGCCAGGACGCUGUCCUGGUGCCCAGCCCAACGUGAUCCAACUUUUCUUUUUAUAAUAAAGUGAAGUCCUCGUU